AUGUUAAAAAAAAAAAGAAAGCACAGGGCGAUAACCCAACUUCUGCCUCCUUGCAUUUCUAAACCCCAUCCUUUGGCGUUCGGAAUUAUUCUUCCUUUCUGCUUCCUCGGUACUGAUUGGGUGCGACUCGAAUAAGCCUGACCAAGUGAAAUUCCAGGAGAUGAACGCUUCAGCUGCAGAUCCCCGCAUUACUCUUUGUAUUUCUAGCGCUUAGAUUUUUUCCCCCUUUCCUCCCAUAGGCUUGCAGAAAUAACAUAUUGAAAUGGCCCAUUAUGUUACAUAAGGUUUUCUCCAGCGCUCGGCAGAGCAAAAUCAACUUCUUAUGGAGCGUUUCAGGGCUUCAGCGGGUCCCUCUAACUCAGCCGAGAGUUUGCCUGGGAUCAACAACUUCGUGAGUCCAAACAGUUCAUUACUAUGACAGCAUCCACUGAGGAUCCUUUACCGAGGCGUCCUGAGCCUUGCUUUCGGGGCUUCUGAUCCAGGCUAAAGCUGCCCGCUGUACUGUGCCUUGUAGCUUUAAGAUGGGAGAUUCUUUGCUUGGGAAAGUGGUGAGAAGGUAAUACCUUGAACUUUACGGGGGAGAACAGGAAAAGCCCAUGGUUCUUAGCUGUGUUGUUGGUGUACCUUGUGUGAAAUUUCAAGUCUUCCACGUUGUUGUUCAGAAACCCUUUACUUGUAUUCUCCCAUGUAAUUGGGGAUGUGCUUUUGUUCUGAAAAGAAGACCGUUCUCUGACUGGAAAUGUCCAGAGAGCUCCUUGAAGGGAAAUGCAAUGUGGAAGCUUUCUUUAUCUUGAAUUAAAAUUUGAUGAUGGCUAGAAAGAGGCUGGGGAGAGGCUGAUGUAACGUGCUUGAUCGGUACACAGUGGCUUUUCCAGAACAGAGCCAUCUACCCAGGGUGGUCCAAACCCACAGUGAGUCCUGAGUCACAUUCUGGCUAUAGAAGUCAGUUUGGAGAAAGGGAUAGUAAAAGGUACUGACAUCCUGGUGGAACUGAGUGUAUUCAGGAUCAGGGCUGAGAAUUCAGGCUCCAGGGCCUGCUUCUAUGCCAGGGUUCUUGUGUAAGAUACAGUCUUGGAGGAGUAAAGGCAAGUAGCAACUUUGGUGAGUAGCAGCAGUCUUCUAGCUGCUCUGUGGGAAAUGAAGUGACUUUCUGGCUGUUGCUGAAAGCUGUAACUUUCCAGCUGGUAUUGGAAAAGAUCUGUGUUUUUCCCCAUCACUUUGAUGUAAGUAUCUUCCUUCAACCCCACUAAUGGCCCAGUGCUUCCCAGUCAGACCAACCUUUCCCAGUGGGGAAUGGCAAGACUGCUAGUGGGAUUUGGAACCAGCUUCUUGCCUCAGGACCCUAAGCACAUUCUUUUUCCUCUCUGAGCCUCAGAUUCAUCCCCUAAAAAAUCGAGCUCGGAAGAUUAUUAUGAGAAAGUGGGAAGAUAUAUGUGGAGAGCAUUUGGGCAGUUAUAAAGCACUGGUGACAAAGUAAUCAGAAGCCUGCGGAUACCCAUGUGUCACUGAUCUGGAGACGUCCCCCUGCGGGCAGCGCUUCAUGACCCAGCGGCGCCCAGCCCAGUGAAGCCACCGUGGUGUCCGGCAUGGCCCCGCUGCUCCUGGGCGCGGUGAUGCUGGUGGCCCAGCUCCAGCUAGUGCCUUCCCGCCCCGCGGUGGUGCCAGGGGACGAGCCGGGCCAGCCGGAGCUGGUGCGGAAAGCGGCGAGCCUCCAGGACGAGAUCCCGGACGGCCAGGCCCCCAACGGCUCCGCCCAGCAGCUGCCGCAGACCAUUAUCAUAGGGGUGCGCAAGGGCGGUACCCGCGCGCUCUUGGAGAUGCUCAGCCUGCAUCCAGACGUGGCGGCUGCCGAGAACGAGGUGCACUUCUUCGACUGGGAGGAGCACUACAGCCAAGGCCUGGGCUGGUACCUCAGCCAGAUGCCCUUCUCCGCCCCGCACCAGCUCACGGUGGAAAAGACCCCCGCAUACUUCACGUCGCCCAAAGUGCCUGAGCGCGUCCACGGCAUGAACCCGGCCAUCCGGCUGCUGCUUAUCCUGCGGGACCCGUCGGAGCGCGUGUUGUCCGACUACACCCAAGUGUUCUACAACCACGUGCAGAAGCGCAAGCCCUACCCGUCCAUCGAGGAGUUCCUGGUGCGCGACGGCCGCCUCAACGUGGACUACAAGGCUCUCAACCGCAGCCUGUAUCACCUGCACAUGCAGAACUGGCUGCGUUUCUUCCCGCUGCGCCGCAUCCACAUCGUGGACGGCGACCGCCUCAUCAGGGACCCCUUCCCCGAGAUCCAGAAGGUGGAGCGGUUCCUGAGGCUGUCGCCGCAGAUCAACGCCUCCAAUUUCUACUUUAACAAGACCAAGGGCUUCUACUGCCUGCGGGAUGGCGGCCGGGACCGCUGCUUACACGAGUCCAAAGGCCGGGCGCACCCCCAAGUGGACCCCAGACUCCUCAAUAAACUGCACGAAUAUUUUCAUGAGCCAAAUAAGAAAUUCUUUGAGCUUGUCGGCAGAACAUUUGACUGGCACUGAUUUUUUUUUUUUUUUUUUUUUUUUGCGAUAAGCUAGGCUCGGAACCUUUCCUAUUGUAAGUUCUGGUGUACAUCUGGGGUGGGGGAAAGAAUUUUAAAAGGGCAUUUAAGUAUAAUUUAUUUGUAAGAUCCAUAAAUUACUUCUGUACAGUAUUAGAUUCACAAUUGCCAUAUAUACUAGUUAUAUUUUUCUACUUGUUAAAUCGAGGGCAUUUUGUAUUGUUUUUCAUGGUUGUUAACAUGUGUAAUAUGUCUCUAUAUGAAGGAACUAAAAUAUUUAACUGCAAAAAAAAAAAAAGAAAUUCUGGAGAUGCAGUCUUUUUUGAAUAUAAUUAACUUGCCCCCAA